AAUUCUGUAUGUCGUGUUGUUUCCUUUGCCAUUUUAUAUCAAGAAUAUUACAAAAAAAUACAUGACCUGUUCUUUAACUCGUGAAUGGUAGUUUAGCAGGCAUUUUUCAACCACAGUUCCCCCGUAAAGCGGUACAAAAGAGCCUUUACUGUGGGGCACUGAGUAUAAAUUCCAUGAAAGAAAUCGAAUGCAUUUGGAUCCAUGCCAUGUAAUUACACUUCACAGCAGUAGCAACUCAGGAUCGCAAUCUGGUGAAACAAAUUAGAGCGUGGAAAUGCUGAAGUUUUUGAAGGGCGUGGUAGCGGGAUCUGGAGCGGGGGGUAUCAGAGACUUGCCCUACAAUAUAGGAGAACCAUAUUCAUCUGCCUGGGGCUCAUGGACUCAUUAUCGAGGCACUUCUAAGGAUGAUGGUAGUUCUGUAUCAAUAUUUUCUCUCUCGGGAACUAAUGCUCAAGAUGGACACCUAGCAGCUGGUCGCAAUGGUGUUAAGCGCUUGCGAACUGUUCGGCAUCCCAAUGUGCUAUCAUUUUUGCAUAGUACAGAGGUGGAAAAUGUUGAAGGCUCAACUGUCCGACCAACCAUUUAUAUUGUUACUGAACCUGUGAUGCCACUUUCUGAAAAAAUAAAGGAGCUUGGUUUGGGAGGUACACAAAGGGACGAAUAUUAUGCUUGGGGGUUGCAUCAAAUAGCAAAAGCUGUUAGCUUCCUCAAUAAUGAUUGUAAACUUGUUCAUGGUAAUGUAUGCUUGGAAUCUGUAGUGGUAACUCCAACUUUAGAUUGGAAGCUUCAUGCAUUUGAUGUGCUGUCGGAAUUUGAUGGGACUAAUGAAUCUGCUGCAGGCCCCAUGCUGCAAUUUGAAUGGCUUGUUGGAACACAAUAUAAGCCAAUGGAGCUAUUGAAGAAUGAUUGGGUAACGAUUAGGAAGUCGCCAGCUUGCGCAGUGGAUUCAUGGGGCUUGGGCUGCCUGAUCUUUGAGUUAUUCUCGACAAGUAAACUGUCCAAGACAGAGGAGCUUCGUAAUACAGGGUCUAUUCCAAAGUCUUUACUUCCUGAUUACCAGAGGCUUUUAAGUUCAACACCAUCAAGGAGACUGAAUGCUGCAAAAUUAAUUGAGAACAGUGAGUAUUUUCACAAUAAGCUAGUUGAGACGAUUCAAUUCAUGGAUGUCCUUAAUUUAAAAGACAGUGUGGAGAAGGAUUCAUUUUUCCGCAAGCUUCCAAAUUUAGCUGAACAGCUACCACGUCAAAUUGUGUUGAAGAAGUUGCUUCCUAUGUUGGCAUCUUCACUGGAAUUUGGUUCUGCAGCUGCUCCUGCUCUGAACUCCUUACUGAAAAUGGGAUCAUGGUUAUCAGAGGAUGAGUUCCGGUCAAAGGUCCUACCAACCCUUGUUAAGCUUUUUGCCUCCAAUGAUAGAGCAGUACGAGUUGGCCUUCUGCAGCAUAUUGAUCAAUAUGGAGCUUCUUUAUCUGCUCAGAUUGUUGAUGAGCAGGUUUAUCCCCAUGUCGCAACAGGCUUCUCAGACUCUUCGGCCUUUUUACGUGAACUCACACUUAAGUCUAUGCUGGUUCUUGCUCCGAAGUUAUCUCAACGCACCAUCACAGGGUCAUUAUUAAAAUACCUUUCUAAGCUACAGGUGGAUGAGGAGCCAGCAAUAAGAACCAAUACUACAAUUUUGCUUGGAAAUAUUGCCGCCUAUCUAAAUGAGGGGACAAGGAGGAGGGUUUUGAUAAAUGCAUUCACUGUCCGUGCACUUCGUGACACUUUUUCUCCAGCGCGAGCAGCAGGAGUGAUGGCUUUAAGUGCAACAAGUGCAUAUUAUGAUCCUUCUGAGGUUGCAACUCGUAUUUUACCAAAUGUUGUUGUUCUUACUGUCGACCCAGACAGUGAGGUGAGAUCCAAAGCAUUUGAGGCAAUUCAUCUAUUUUUGGAAAUUAUGAAGCAACACCAUGAGAAGGUAAAUAUUGGUGGCUCAAGUACAGACAAUGGAGUAUCACCAGCAAUUGGCAGUGGAAGUUUGCUCGGUUGGGCCAUGAGUUCUUUGACACUAAAGCCGAAGGGCUCUGAACAAGCUCUAGUGUCUUCUUCCAAUUCAGUUGUAGCUCCAGCAGACCAUUCUACCUUAUCUUCUAAUAUGUCAGCUUCAAAUGUUUCAGAUACUCAAGGAACACAUCUUCCAUCUCUAGCCAAUCAUGUUGAUCAUCCUACUCCAUCAUCUCCGACUUCCACAGAUGGGUGGGGAGAUAUCGAUGAAAAUGGAAGGCAAGAAGAGGAGAGUGACAAGGAUGGAUGGGAUGAUAUAGAAGUUGUGGAGGAGAAAAAACCAGCAGCUGCUCUUGCAAAUAUACAUGCUGCACAGCAACGGCCUGUGGUAAACACUAGAUUGCAAGGUGGAAACAGUUUGCCUUCAAAACAAGUGAGCAGACCAGUAAAAGAUGUGAACAAGGUAAGUGAUGAUGAAGAUCCCUGGGCUGCAAUUGCUGCACCUCCACCCACAACCAAGGUCAAAUCUCUUGCUGCAACGUCAGCAGGCUCCCGCAAUGAUGAAGAUGAUCCUUGGGCUGCAAUUGCUGCACCUCCACCAUCUACCACAGUAAGGCCUCUCUCUACAAGUACUACGUCACGUUCAAGGCCAGUUUCUGAGGCUGGAAAUAGAGCCAAUUCAACAAAUCUUCAUUCCUCAGGAUCUGGUAGAGGGCGUGGCAGUAAGGCUACACCCAUGAAAUUGGGUGCACAGCGGUUAAAUCGCAAUACUGAUCUGUAACCAUAGAGAUCUUAGUUUUGUACUCAUCUCAUGAUUUCUUUUAGUAAUUUUCAGAAAAAUGUAUAACAUUCUUUACAAACAUUAGAAAUGAAGUUAUUGAUCUGCUUGUAAGUCCAACAAAACUGUGGUUAUUGGCUUCCAUGAUGUGUGUUCUUCUUGUAGUUGUAUCUCUACCUAUGUAGUAGGUUGGUGAUUCUUGUUUUUUCGAGUGUAUAGUAGCAGUGAUUUUUGCUCUGAGCAAGAAAUGCCUGGGCAUGCCUCAAUGUAGUUAUGUUGUACUUUUAUCAUCAAAUUUAGUUCUAUUGCUUUGGAAGUUUGUAAAUGAAAACAUCUAUGAAAUUUUUGUGCUGAGAAGAUUAAACAUCAUCUUGAUGUAAGCAUUUAUGCAUGCUAAUAAGAUACAGAAUUCCUUGCAUAUGA